CCACCACUUGCUGCUGACCGCGAUGAAGUUGCUCCGUCACGCAUCGUGGGCGGCACAGAUAUCCAGCCAGGAGCCUGGCCCUGGAUCGUCAGCAUCCAGGAGCCCUGGGAAACCGGCACAGGGCAUAUAUGCGGAGGCUCCCUCAUCAGCCCGCAGUGGGUCCUCACAGCAGCCCACUGCUUCAUCAAGGCCAGGCACAUCACCAUGUGGCACGUGGUGAUCGCGGCCACCCACUUGACUCAGCUGGGCCCUGAGGCCCAAGUGCGCAAUAUCAAGCGGCUCCUGGUUCACGAACACUACAGCAGUGUCUCGGAGAGCAACGACAUUGCCUUGCUGGAAUUGGACCAGCUUGUCCAGGGCAGCUACUCCAUCCAGCUCGCCUGCAUGCCCAAUGCCUCUCUGAGAGCGUCAGAGCUGACAACCUGCUAC